GGGAGCAGCGUCCGAAGGGGCUGGAAGGCAGAGCCGAGGAGGGCGGGGAGACGUUACGUUGACGCUGGCGUGACCCAGCCCGAGAAUUUGGCGGGAUCUCCGAAAGUUGCAGUGCUCCGCGCGCGCCCUGGCCUGAAAUCGAGGUCUGAGAAGAGCGGAGACGCACCCGGAGGGACGCAGUUGGGAGCUGAGUUUCGCCUGGGUUGUGUGCAGAAGGCCGGAGCAAGGGAGUAGAGAAGUGGGCAGGAAGCAAAGGGGUCUGGAGUCCGUCCCGGCCGGGCGCGGACCGAGCCAGCGGACAGAAGUCGGGGCGCGCAGCCAGUGGGAGCAAGAAGCGCUGCGUACCAGGGUGAGGGUGUUAGGCGCGGACUCGGUUCCUUUUUGCCUCAGGUAUUGAAUGCUGAGUAAUGGCUAUGCAAAUGCAGCUUGAAGCAAAUGCAGAUACUUCAGUGGAAGAAGAGAGCUUUGGCCCACAACCUAUAUCUCGAUUAGAGCAAUGUGGCAUAAAUGCCAAUGAUGUGAAGAAAUUGGAAGAAGCUGGAUUCCAUACUGUGGAGGCUGUUGCUUAUGCACCAAAAAAGGAACUAAUAAAUAUUAAGGGGAUUAGUGAAGCCAAAGCUGAUAAAAUUCUGACUGAGGCAGCCAAGUUAGUUCCAAUGGGUUUCACUACUGCAACUGAGUUCCACCAAAGGCGAUCAGAGAUCAUACAGAUUACUACCGGCUCCAAAGAACUUGACAAACUACUUCAAGGAGGAAUUGAGACUGGAUCAAUUACAGAGAUGUUUGGAGAAUUCCGAACUGGGAAGACUCAGAUCUGUCAUACAUUGGCUGUAACAUGCCAGCUUCCCAUUGACCGAGGUGGAGGAGAAGGAAAGGCCAUGUACAUUGACACUGAAGGUACUUUUAGGCCAGAAAGGCUGCUAGCAGUGGCUGAGAGAUAUGGUCUCUCCGGCAGUGAUGUCCUGGAUAAUGUAGCAUAUGCUCGAGGGUUCAACACAGACCACCAGACCCAGCUCCUUUAUCAAGCAUCAGCCAUGAUGGUAGAAUCUAGGUAUGCACUGUUAAUUGUAGACAGUGCCACUGCCCUCUACAGAACCGACUAUUCGGGUCGAGGGGAACUUUCAGCCAGGCAGAUGCACCUGGCCAGGUUUCUGCGGAUGCUUCUGCGACUUGCUGAUGAGUUUGGUGUAGCAGUGGUGAUCACCAACCAGGUGGUAGCCCAAGUGGAUGGAGCAGCCAUGUUUGCUGCAGAUCCUAAAAAACCUAUUGGAGGAAAUAUCAUUGCUCAUGCCUCAACAACCAGACUGUAUCUGAGGAAAGGAAGAGGGGAAACCAGAAUCUGCAAAAUCUACGAUUCUCCCUGUCUUCCUGAAGCUGAAGCUAUGUUUGCCAUCAAUGCAGAUGGAGUGGGAGAUGCCAAAGACUGAUUCAUUGGGGCUUUUCCUGUGAUAAAGCUUAAGUGCUACAGCCUAAUGGAGAGGACUGCUCCCUGGGUCUUCUUCACAGGCCUCUUCCUGUUUUCCUGCCAGAAAAAGGCUUCUGGAAAAACACCUAUUCUAUCAGCUUUUCUGAUGGUGUAAACAGGAGACAGGUCAGUAGUCACAAACUGAUCGGAAAUGUUUAUUCUGUCUGGAGUUUAUUAAUGUCUAUGUGAAUUAUUUGGGGGGAAGUAAGGAAGAUGUUUGACAUCGUGCCUUAGGGUCGACUCAAAACUAACAGAUGUUCCCCUGGCCAAUCUUUAGUUCCCUUGAAGACAAAAGCUGGUGAGACUGGACUCUUCUCUAUCUGAACAAUGUUGAAAUGCCUGGGUGGCAAAGGAAGUAGGUCUCCUCACUGGUGUGUUUUUUUUGUUUUUGUUUUUUUUGUUUGUUUGUUUGUUUUUUUGUCAGUAAAACUGUCAGAAGUAGGUUUUUAAGUUAGUUUGCCUGAAUUAUAGAAGAAUUUGUUUUUAUUUAAGGGCUACUGAGCAGGCCUACUGGGCUACCAGCCCUUCAACAUCUAUGUGCUUGUUUUUUUAACUGCUAAGAGUAACUCAAGAUAAUUCUGGAAUCUUAAUCAUUUCAGAAGCUCUAAGUAGAUUUAGUGUGGGGCUACUAAUAAAGUAGUUAUUUGUGCGGUUUAUAGGAGUUAUUUUGGUGUAAGCUGAAUAUUUUGAGAGGGCCUUCAAAAUAAUUUAUUGGCACUAACUGAUCAGUUUCUAUUGCUUUAAAAUUAAUUUUAAAGGGAAGCCAUACAUUCAGAUGAUUUAGCUUACUAGCCUUCAAUGUAAUAGAUAUUACAAGAUGAAUAUCCAAUGA